AUGGAACCUCCGGCAAAGCUUCAACCACGCCGAAGCAUCCUCGAUAGACCUAUUCUUAUAGCUAUUCCUAUUCUCAUCGGAUUGUUCAUCACGAGGUCACCUUUCUUCAUGGCGGCCCCGGCUCUGGAUACUGCUGCCGCUGACGGCAAGCCUUGGGCUGAUACGCCGAUUAAGUUGGUUGCGACGCCGCAAUACGAGACCAAGAAGACCGACAUCUUCACCACGGGCGCAACCCACAUGGCGCUCCUGCACAACGCCAUCCUCCGCGGCUUCAACUCGGUGUACCUACAGGCGCCGCACGUCAAGCCGGUCGACCACGCCGACUUCAUCGGGUACGCGCUGACGUGGCACAAGUUCGUCGCCUCGCACCACGACGACGAGGAGGCCACGCUGUUCCCCAAGGUCGAGGAGGUGCUGCAAGACACGACUAUCUGGGCCGAGACGCACAAGGAGCACGAAGCGUUCUUAGGGGGUUUGGCUAAGUUCGAGAAGUACCUCCGCGGCGUGGAGGGUAAGCCGGCUAGUUUUGAUGGCAAGGAGUUGGUUACGAUCAUGGACGGGUUUAAGGAUUCGUUCGAUGCGCAUUUUCACAGCGAGAUCGCGACGAUUGCGAGAUUGGCCGAGCACCCGAAUGCGCCCAAACCAGGGUCCCCCGAGGAGCGGACGGCGUCGCUGACGUUUAAGUCUUGGGGCAAGAGCACGGUUACAAAGGCCGGCACGCUGGACGUCGUGCCCUUCUUCCUGUUGAACCUGGACGGCACGGCGGAGGAGGGCUUGUGGCAGAACUGGCCCCCGAUCCCGGCGCCGAUUAAAUGGGGACUGGUUAAUAUAGCGGGAGCGUGGCACGCGCGUUGGUGGAAGUUUAGCUCGUGUGCGGCGGGGAGGCCGAGGGUGUUGUAUGCGCUUGAGUAG